AUGGCCCCUGAUCAGUGGCCGAUUAUUACGGGUAUGGCGUCGUCCGCAUCUAGUGAGACGAAGUCAGAGAACGAUGUAAAACUCUUCUCAAUGACUUUACCGCGGCCGAUCGCCUUCACAUAUCUUCUAUCCAUACUGUACAACAUAACAUUCUUCAUGCAAUUCAUGUCAGCUCCUUAUUUAAUCAAGUCGUUAGGAGUUUCUGAUACUGAGAACGGGUAUAUUCAAACAUUCUUUGGCAUUUUGCAAAUGUGUGGAGGGCCGGUUUUCGGUGCAAUUGUGCAAAGGUUUGGAAUUCGAUAUGCUCUUCAUCUCUGCUACCUUUCUACGAUGAUCUCAAGCAUUCUGCUUCUGAUGUCUUACGAUGUGAAGACUUUGCUGCUAAGCCGUGUACCAUGUAUUUUCAUGCAUGGUCAGCAGGGUCAUCAAACUCUGUUGUCGGCUCUCACCAACCCCGGCAAAGAACGCACAAACGCUUUUGGCAGAAUGGGACUAACGUUCGGGCUCGGCUUUAUUUUUACUCCAAUUUUCUCCUUCAUUUCAACCAGCGUUUUUUCUAUAAAUGGUCCUAUAAUGGUUUCUGCUAUGCUUUGUAUUGUGCCAUUUCUCGUUUUGGAGAAUUGUGUACAACGAAGUUCAUAUGAAAAUAGCCGAUCGGAUGAUUCAGAAGAACCUUCGCAACAUAUGAGCUUCUCGAAUGUUGCUCGGAUAUUGAAAAGACCUGGAGUACUCAAUAUUAUGUUCAAGAAGAACGCCCCUAUACUACCGAUGUUGUUGGUCUUCGCAAUCAUGCAGGUGAUUUCUUCCCCUGGGAAGGUGAUUGAUAGCGCCUCUGGAAGCAUCAAAAGAUGGAUCGACUGGGUGUGCAUCAUGUUCAGCAAUGGAUUUGGUGUUAUUUGGAUGCGGAAGAAGUUUUCUGAACAGACUCUCCUCUUUAUAGGAAUGAUUUUCUUUUCAGUUGCCUUCGGGCUAUUUUUCUUCUUUCACUGGUUGUGGAUGAUCGUGGUGGUCAUGCCGUUCAUAGCCUUCGGAAUGAGUUUGGUUGCAACUGUAGCUGACAGCUUGCUCACAGCUCUUGUCGCCGAAAAUGAAGAGGGCUUGGUACUCGGUGUUGCGACGUCGUUCAACUCUUUGAUACGAACGUUUGCGCCCACCAUUUCUGGUUACAUACUGGAGAAUUUUGGCUUUUCCACUUUCGCUUUGAUCGGCUCUUUAUCUACGGCUGUUGGCCACGCAGCAAUAUUUCUUUUUCCUCUUCGAGAGAACUUAUUACGGAAGUCAAAAGCUGAAUAA